AUUAUUUUCUGUACCCGUCAAAUGUCACCGACAUCUCUCUCUCUCUCUCUUCGCACACGGAAGAGGAGUGGAAAACCACACUCUCGGACUCACAUGUCUUCGAACCCGAAGUAAAAAACCGUAUUCUCUCUCUCUCUCUCUCUCUCUCUCUCUCCAGUGUUGCAGAUCAUCGCAAGAUGGGAUCUGUGUCCCUCAAGAUCGGCGAGGGCACCGCCAGAUUCCGGCGAUCGACCGUCUGCUCCUCCGCCGUCAACCUUCUCAUGCUCUUCUCCGUCGUCACGACCAACCUCUUCGCCCUCUACGCCUUCUCCUCCCACUCCCAAUCCCACGCGCCGUCUCACCUCCUCAACUCCAACAACAUCUCCCUUGUCUCUCAGCAUCUCUCUCUCAUCCUCCGCGAGAUCGAUUCUUCGCAACGCAAGCUUGCCCAGAUGGAGAAACAGCUCCUGGGUUACGAAUCCAUCGAUCUCUCCCGACCCAACAUUGCCCAAGAGCUGAAAUUGUUCCUACAGCAUCAUCAGCUUCCUUUGGGCAAAGAUUCUCGAACUGGGAUCACGGAAAUGGUUGCUUCCGUCGGGCAUUCAUGCCUAAAGUCCUCAGAUUUGCUGUCUCAGUAUAUGGCGUACAAGGUGUUCGAUAGAUGUCCUGAUGAUUGGAGCCUUGCCGAGAAGCUGAUUCUCCGUGGCUGCGAGCCGUUGCCGCGUCGCCGAUGCUUGGCUAAGACUGUGCAUAAGUCGGAUCUGAGGCAUUUCCCUGAUUCCUUGUGGAGACCUGUGAGUAAUAAGAGUGUUAACUGGAGUGGCAUUGGUUGCAAGAGCUUUGAUUGCUUAAAGGGCAAGAAAUUGGGCUCAGACUGUGCCGGUUGCUUUGAUUUGUCUGGUAGCUAUGAGAAAGAUAGGUUUGUUAAGGUUAGGGGGAAGAAUGAUUUCUUGAUAGAUGAUGUUUUGGGUCUAGGCGGUGGAAAAAUUCGAAUCGGGUUCGAUAUCAGUGGCGGAUCUGGGACUUUUGCCGCAAGAAUGGCUGAGAAGAAUGUCACGAUUAUCACCAACUCGUUGAACGCCGGUGCCCCCUUUAGUGAGUUCAUAGCUGCAAGAGGGCUUUUCCCAUUGUUCUUAAGCUUGGAUCACAGAUUUCCUUUCUAUGACAAUGUGUUUGAUCUUAUUCAUGCCUCGAGUGGGUUGGAUGUCGGGGGGAAGCCAGAGAAGUUGGAGUUCUUGAUGUUUGACCUUGACCGGAUCUUGAAACCUGGUGGAUUGUUCUGGUUGGACAACUUCUACUGCGCAAGUGACGAGAAGAAGAAGGAUCUAACGCAUUUAAUCGAGAGGUUUGGGUAUAAAAAGCUAAAAUGGGUCGUAGGAGAGAAAGUCGAUGCAGCUGGUUCGGGCAAAUCCAAGGUGUAUCUCUCAGCGGUUUUGCAAAAGCCAACAAGAAUUUAACAAAGGCAGGGCCUUUUGAUGAAAAAAGAAAAAGGACAAAGGGCGGUAGAAGAAUUGUUAGACAUGUCCUGUGAAAUUAGGGGGGUUGCGUUCUCUUUCUUAUGUUUACUUCCAUGAUCAUAAAUGUACCAAAUUACGGCAGGUUUUCAAAUUUGUA